ACAUACUUGUGUGUGUGUAUGUGUGUGCAUGUCCGCCUGGGUACAUUGUCUGAGCUGUGAAGUGUUUGGCGUCCUCACUGAAGGCUGCUGUCACAGCCUCUGAAAGCGUGUAAUAGGCGCCCAUUCUGCCGGAAUGAAUACGUAUCCAUACACCAGUGAGAAAAUGUGGCAUUUCAAAAAGACUCGGGAUAAUCAAACACAAAAAUUAUAAAAUGGGGCAUAGCGAUGUCAUUCUUUUCAGCUAAGCCCUAAAUUUGAUGUAUAUGAUUGCUUUGUGAAAUGUUUGUAGUCCACAGUGAAAUAAUGCUCUUUUUUGAUAGAUCAAUGGUGGUUAUUGUUGGCUGAGCAAAACAUUCUGGCACCAAACAUGGGGUUUCUAUGAGCUGGACUGUGAUUCAUGGCUGUGUAAUGUUGUCUUGGUUUGAUUGGGAUUCAAAGGCAACUGUUUGUUUAUUUAGAUUCCUUAGAAAUACAUCUUCCUGAAAUAUGGAAGAAUUUGGUUUUGGUGAGAUAAUGAUUAGUACAGUCUGCAAUUUUCUAACACAAGUGUGCUCUGUUCCAGUGUGUCUGUGUUUGGAAUUAGACCUACACUUGCGUUGGCAAUGUAAAACAUCUGUUUCCCAUGCCAAUAUGGCCCCAUUGAAUUGAACUGAAUUGAAAUACUGCAAUCAUCCUCAUAUUGUAGCCUGUGAGUUGACUAGUCAGCAUCUUGCUUUCACCCAGUGUAAAAUCAACACGUCUGCACAAAAAAAGCAGUAUGUAGAAGAGUAAUUAAAGCCAUUGGAAAGGGGAACAACUGUGGAAAUAUCCAUAUAAAUUAGCUGUUAAGUCUACAAAAAGCCAGGAAAAAAGGUGAAAAAUAGCCAUCACAAGCUUCCUGAGCCCAAUGUGACGUCUGUAAAUUGCUGGUUUUGCCUGACUAACAGUCCAAAGCCCAAAAGGCAUUCAAUGUACAGUGAAAUUGAAUAUGAGUAGAGUGGCACACUAUUUAAGGUGCUGGCCAAGCCACUGGGGGCAACUUGGGGAACCACCAACCAUGCAGUGGUAUGUGGCAGAAAUAUUUUUCCUUCAUUACUCCCAUCAUCCCCGGACCCCUGCCACCCCAUAGAUUUAUCUGGGUGCAUGGUUAACAUGUGCAUCAUAAUAAAAUCACAGGAGAUUAUUAAAUGUCACUGAGUGUGAGAGGAGAUUGUUGCACACCUGACCAGCAUAAACACUUAAUUAGGCUCCUAGUAUGCUGCGGAAACACAGGCAUCAAUUUUACAAUGAAUUUGGGCGCUGCUUCUGUCUCUGUUCAUUUUUUAUGUAAGAUGAUAUUCAUGUGGGUGCACUGUGCGGAAACCUACUCACUCGACCAGUGCUCCCACUCACUCACUCACUCACUCUGCAAAUCCAGCAUUCAGUCUGCACUAUCACACACACUGUGUGAGCCGAGAGCUUUCUGUCUUUCAUUCAUCCAAGUGAGGGCUGCUCACACUUUCUGCCUCUCGUCCUCCCUCUUCACUCCCUCACGCUGGAAUAGCUCACUUUGUUUUUGUUUUCCCUCCGCGGUGCCUUUUGGUUCGGAGUAGUAGUGGAUGAUAUCAACAGAGCUACGUUUCUUCUUACCUCCGCGAUACUACGACGCUGGAGAGGAGUCGCUAGAGGACACGCGCAUCACGACGGAGAGCAGCGCGAGGGAGUUUUUUUUUGUUGUUGUUUGUGUUUUUUUAAAAGGAGGGGACGGCGCGAUUUAAAACAAGAAAUAAACAAAAUAUCUGCAUUGAACAGGAGCGUUACCGCGGACGCUCCACCUGCCGAGACUCCCGUUACGUUUGGGCGGAUUUUACGGCACAGGUGCGUUAAAGGAUUAAAUACAGGCAGUUGGCGGAUGGUUGUCGGUUUCGUGGUGAGGAAUCACUGCCUCAGCGCAAGUCUCAGAUGAAGAUGAAGUCUGCGGGCGUCGUGGAUGGAGGCUUGUUCACAGAGAGCUAUUGUAACAUCUGCAAUGCCCAGCUCAUCUCUGAGUCCCAGCGCACCGCUCACUAUGAGAGUAAGAAACAUGCCAACAAGGUACGUCUGUUCUACAUGCUUCACCCUGAAGACGGAGGACCACCUUCCAAGAGACUGCGGCCAGAUAACCCAGACUGUGCAGAGACAGAAGUGGACAGGAACAAGUGCUGUACCUUGUGUAACAUGUUCUUCACCUCCGCCAUUGUGGCCCAGUCCCACUACCAGGGCAAGACCCACGCCAAGAGAGUCCGCCUUGUGCUUGGGGAGCCGCCCAGCCUACCCACAGCCAUGACCAGCCCUACAAACACAGAUUCGUCCCCUUCCACCCCGGUGCCCGCAGACCCCGCUGCGUGUCCCCCUCCUCCCCCUGCCCUGCCCUGGCCCAUGGCGGUGGUCGGCGAAAAUGGCGGCAGAGAGGCCGGGAAGUACUGCUGCCUGUGCGGCGCCUGGUUCAACAACCCACUGAUGGCCCAGCAGCACUAUGAGGGCAAGAAACACCGCAGGAACGCAGCCAGAGCACGCCUCCUGGAGCAGCUCGCAGGCAGUCUGGAUGCCACGGAGAGCACAGGGCUGCGCAGUAGUUACUCCUGCAGUGUCUGCAGUGUGGUCCUCAACUCCAUAGAGCAGUACCACGCACACCUCCAGGGCUCCAAGCACCAGAACAACCUGAAGCAACACCAGCAGUAAACUACGGAGACAGGCCACCCUGGAAAGAAGAGAUGGAGUCAAAGAUUAUUGGAAUAAACAACUUCAGAAAGGAGGAUGGUCAGAAACCGAAGAGUAUGAGAAAGUAGUGCAGAGUAACUUCAGUGUGUGUGUGUGUGUGUCUGUGUGUGUGUGUGUGUGGUGUCAUGGACAUCCAUGCACGCAUCUGCAGCAUGCAUGUGUGGGUCAUUGUGAGUGUGUUUAUUUCUAUCUUUGAUCUAAAUAUCUGAGAUUUAUUCAGCACCCAAGUGUUUGAUAUGAGUUCUCGACACCAACAGCCAUCAGAAGACCUGCGACUGCAUCUUGCCAUAUAACUCCUGUGUGAACCACAAUCCUAAAAUUGAACUGAUGUCAGUGCGUUGCCCAGAGUGGUAAUAACCAUUACAAUGAUAGUCAUAGAGCUGCAGUUAAUAAUAACUCUGUAACUAGCCGUCCUCAAAGUGCUCUGACAGCGAUCCAAGUCUGAACACAGUCUUCUGUUUCUACAUUUCAUGUACAGAUGGUGGCACAGGCAUGGCUCACUGUCAGAUCACUUGAGACCUACUCAGGCCCAGACUUUCAAAUCCAAGGAAAAGAAAACUCCCAACGACCUCAGCCAUUACAGAUUGCAUGAAUUCCAAAUGUUAAAAGGUAUUUUUGGUUUGAAUCUGGUGUUGUCCACACAUGUAGUGGAUUGAUGUCACUUUUGUUUUUUAAUAAGGUGGAUGUGUCAUUGUGAAACCCAUCAUUUCAUAUAUUCCAUAUAUUUAAAACAUGGAGAUGUGGCAUGGUUAAAGGACAGAUGGCAGUGGAGGAAAGCACCACAAAGACUAUUAAACGGCUGCUCUGAAGUGAGCAAUGUGCAACUUUGAGAACCAUCUACUGUUGAAAACAUUCCCACACUGAAUACUGAUGUCAGAUGCAGUCCCGAGGUGACAAAAAUUCUCUUCUCUGUUGAGAUGGGCGUCAUGUAGAUAAUAUUUUUUUAUUUGUCUGUUUGCUACGGCCAGAAAAAAAAAACUUGACUCCCAGUUCAUGUAGCAGCCAAUGUACAAAACAACUGGGAUGUAACUCAAUGCAUGCAAAAUGUAAAACGUUGCAUUCACUUGCCUUUUUGAAACCUAUUGCUUGCGCGUUUUGGCAAUAGCGCUGCUUUCUAGUGAUAGCUUCGUAAUGCAUUACUGCACAUGCCUGCACCUGAACAAAGAGGUCACCUUUUAGUGCUGAACUGGCUUCUUUUCAACUUCUAAUUUAUUCAUCAAACAAGGGAACCUUUUUGAUACCUAGAAAUUAGAUCAGUCGUCGCUGUUUAACACCGCUCAUCUGUAGUGUCUUCGGAGUGUCUGUAAAGAGAGUUUCAACAAUAGUCUGUAGCAUCAUUAGAUGAGCAAAGAGAAGACACGCUCCAGUUUCCUGCACUGGCACUGAGAUCGUCCCUGAGCAACAUUUCUCUAUAAGCUGGGGAAAGGAUUGGAAAAACACAGCACUCAAUGCUAUGCUGUUCUCUGUUAGUUCUUGUUGGUUCUAGCACUGUUUUUUUCUGUGUAAACACAAACAAACAAUACAUUUUUAUUUUGUGCUUUGUUCAUUUCAUGGUGAAGAAGGUGAAGUACGAAGGACCUGAUUAAAAAUUGUUUUCCUUCUGCAGUCAUAUGGGAUGAGUAAUGGUUUUAUGCAAUCACACUGUAAUAUUAACAACCAUAUAAUGUGGGUUUGAAGUGAAAUAGUUUAACAAAGCAAAAAGUGGUUUGUGUACAUAAGCAGUAUCUGCAGAUGACAUUUGUGUUUUAAGAAGUACACGAGUUUUGUAUUCAUAGUGUUUAUCUGCACUGAGCUACAGGGUGAUAAGGGAAAUGUAUUCCUUACGGAUUAUAUUGGAAAAUACAAAUAUGCUGGCACUGAAAUGAGAAUAAACUGCCUGCUGGUGGGUUGUGUUUUUGAAUGGACAAUCAUCAGAGAAAACAAACUCAUCCUGUGCCGAAGAGACAGUGACGAUGGACCAAAAUCCAGCGAAUGGAAGACAGUAAGCGAUCGUACUCACUCAGAGAGAUUUUGAAAACUGUUGUUUUCACGAGGACGACCACAGUCUCCAUGAAGACCAUCCACUAAGAUAAACAUCUGACAUGUGACUGUUCUGCCAGUGGAUACAUGAAAAAGCCAAAACGACGAUGCAGGACUACAGACUGUUGGAUUUUACAUCUAAAAUGACCAACCCCUCUGUGGUCGGUUAUGCUAUAAGAAAAACUUAAAAACAAGAAGUCAUUUGGCAUUUUUGAUGUGCAUCAUGACUGUUUUGAUGACUAUUUACACUGACUCCUUUCUCUCCAGCAAUGGUGUAUUCACAGUAUAACUUGUGUCUGUGUGCGUGUGUGCGUGUGUGUGUGUGUGUGUGUGUGUGUGUGUGUAUCACAGUCUGUGCAGAGGACGGCUGUGCCAUGAGUCACAUAUUUUAGCAGAUGUUACAUAUAUGACAGAGAUGUAUCUAUGGGUAGGAAUUCUGUGAUAUGAUGCUUGCGGGUGGGUGUCUGUGUAUGUGAAGCUGUCAACUGCACUGGCAGUGGCAGACUCGCUGUGAGCUGUGUACUGUGAGCACAUUUGUAAACACACCUGAUGAUGAAUACAGUGAAAACAACAACUAUAUCUAUUUUC